GGGCCGAGUAAGGGGAAUAAAUGCGGCAGGCGGAGCAAAAUGUUCGGAGGCCGCACCCACGUCGCUUCUGUCGUUCUUGUCAUCGGAUCGGCCGAGGCUAAGAGUACCUCCUCGCCAAAAAAAAGUUGUGGGGAUGGCACCAAUAGGGAGCCAGUAUGUGAGUCAUACUCACCUCAUAAAUACUUUCUCAACUUUUCUCUUCUUCUCCUAAACGUGAAUCUCUACGACGAACAACAAAUCGACGAUGGCGGAGAGCAGCCUGCCGCGCGUGCUCGGACGCCUGCAGAAUCUGCCAUCCAUCUCUCUCCCCACCGACUAUCCACGUCCAUCGGGCACCACCCGCGUCAUCGAGGCCGCCCACAUCGCCGAGCUCUCCGAGCAGACGUCCCUCAGCCUCCUCAAGCUCGCGCUGUACACCGAGGGCGACGACCUCGAUGACGACGAUGCGGCGAUGGCAGAGAGCAGGCCCUCCGCGUUCCACCUCCUCCUCUCCGCGUUCUCCGUGCUGCUCUACCGCUGGACAGGCGACACCGAUCUCGUCAUAGGCUCCUCCUCCGCAAACGCCAACGCCCCUCUCAUCCUCCGGCUCUCCGUCGACCCGACGGACCCGUUCUGGUCGGUCGUGCGCCGCGUGCAGCAGGUCGAGCGCGAGGCCGAGUCCGAUCUGCUCCCGUACGAGACGAUCGUCGAGAGCCUGCGGCAGGGGCAGGGGCAGGGGCAGGGCAAGGACGCGAUGGCGGCGGCGGAGGGCGAGAGCGCGCGCCCGCUCUUCCGCGUGCGCUUCUUCGACGAGACGGACGCGCCGCGCGAGAACUUCAUGCGCACGACGGGGCUCACGUCCGACCUCACCGUGUUCGUCACGCGCCCGCCGAGCACGAGCCGCGCGUCGCUCGCGCCGCGCCUCUCGCUCCGCAUCCUGUACAACUCGCUCCUGUUCACCGCGAGCCGCAUCACGUACAUCGUCGACCAGCUCUCCGUGUUCCUCCGCAAGGUCGCGGGGAACCCUGUGCUCCCUGUGGGCGCGGUGCCGCUGCUGACGCCCGCGCAGCGCGAGACGGUGCCGGAUCCGACGGCGGAUUUGCACUGGUGCGACUGGAAGGGCGCGAUUACGGAUGUGUUCUCGCGGAAUGCGAUCGACCAUCCGGAUAGGCCGUGUGUCGUCCAGAGCGUCCCUGGCGAUCUGCCGAGCGACCCGCAGCAGAGGCGGACGUACACCUACGCGCAUAUACGGAAGGCGUCCAAUGUCCUCGCGCAUCAUUUACUUCGGAACGGUGUUCAGAGGGAGGAAGUGGUGAUGAUCUAUGCACAUCGGAGUGUCGAGUUGGUCGUCGCUAUCAUGGCUGUGUUGAAGGCGGGCGCGACGUUCUCUGUCAUCGAUCCUGCGUACCCGCCCUCGCGACAGAUCAUCUACCUCCGGGUCGCACAACCCAGAGCGAUGGUCGUCCUCGCCAAUGCCGGCAAGAUCCAGCCCACCGUUCGCGAGUUCCUCGCCAGCGAACUUCGAAUUCGAGUCGAAGUCCCCGCUCUCGACUUCACACCGGAGGGAGAGAUCGUCGGAGGCAUCGAAGGGGAACUCGACGUUCUCAGGACUCAGAACUCGCACGAGCUGGGAGAGACCGAUCCGAACGUCAUACUCGGGCCGGACAGCAUCGGGACGCUCUCGUUCACGAGCGGAAGCACGGGCAUUCCGAAGGGCGUCAGGGGCCGGCAUUACAGCUUGACGCAUUUUUUCCCGUGGAUGGGCGAGCGCUUCCAGCUUGAUGAGACGUCGAAGUUUACGAUGUUGAGCGGUAUUGCGCAUGAUCCGAUACAGCGCGACAUUUUCACCCCCCUCUUCUUCGGUGCGGAGCUGCACGUCCCCACCGCUGAGGAUAUCGGCACUCCGGGUCGUCUAGCUGAAUGGAUGGACGACAGCAAGGUGACGGUGACCCACUUGACGCCUGCCAUGGGUCAGCUCCUGUCUGCCCAAGCCACAAGACAGAUAUCUUCGUUGAAGAACGCCUUCUUCGUCGGCGACGUCCUCACAAAGCGCGACUGUAUCCGCCUGCAGUCUCUUGCCGCGAACGUCCGCAUCAUCAACAUGUACGGCACAACAGAGACGCAGCGUGCGGUCUCGUACUUCGCGAUCCCGCCCGUGUCGGAGGACGCGACGUACCUGGCCACGCAGAAGGACAUCAUGCCCGCCGGCGAAGGCAUGGUCGACGUGCAGCUCCUCGUCGUCAACCGCGCGGACCGCACCGUGCCGUGCGCCGUCGGCGAGGUCGGCGAGAUCUACGUGCGCUCGGGCGGGCUCGCCGAGGGCUAUCUCGAUGCGGACGCGACGGGCGAGAAGUUCGUGACGAACUGGUUCUCGGCGAACGCGACGCCGCGCCGGGACACGAUUAAGCAGCCGCUGCAGGGGUUUGCGGGGCCCGAGGCGCGACACUGGAAGGGCAUACGCGAUAGGAUGUAUCGCUCUGGCGAUCUUGGGCGGUAUAUGCCUGACGGGCGGGUGGAGUGUACGGGCCGCGCGGACGAUCAGGUGAAGAUACGUGGGUUCAGGAUCGAGCUUGGGGAGAUCGAUACGCUGCUCAGUCAGCAUCCGCUCGUGCGGGAGAACGUUACGCUCGUCCGGCGUGAUAAGGACGAGGAGAAGAUCUUGGUCAGCUACUUUGUGCCUAUCGAUGGGCCGAGGAUGAACGGCUUUGCGAGCGAGGUGACGGACGACGAGGAUGGCGCUGGUCAUAAGUCGAUUCCGAAGUACAGGAGGCUCAUCAGGGAUAUCAGGGAGCAUCUCAAGAAGAAGCUGCCGAGCUACAGUAUUCCUUCGCUCUUUGUACCGCUGCAUCGCAUGCCCCUGAACCCCAACGGCAAGAUCGACAAACCCGCGCUCCCCUUCCCCGACACCGCGCACGCGCACGCGGCGCUCCCCGGGACGAGCGCGAACAAGCGCGACUCGCGCACGCGCAAGGCGAGCUCGACGGAGGCGAAGCUGCAGCAGCUGUGGGGCGCGAUCCUGCCGAACGCGCCGUCGCCGAUCCCGCCCGACGAGAGCUUCUUCGACCUCGGCGGGCACUCGAUCCUCGCGACGCGCCUCGUCUUCGAGAUCCGCAAGAGCUUCGUCGUCGAGGCGCCGCUCGGGCUCAUCUUCGAGCAGCCGACGCUCGGUGGGCUCGCGGCCGCCAUCGAUGCGCUGCGCGAUCCCGAUUUUGGGAUCGCGUAUAAGGACGCGCUGGCGAAUGGCGGUGGCGGUGCGGACGCGGUGGCGUCGGAUAAGGCGGCUGGGUCGGAGUAUGGGCAGGAUCUGGAGGGGCUGAUGCCGCGCCUGAGGGAGACGUAUGCGCCGCUGCCUGCGGACUUUGAGACGCUUGCGAUUACGGUGUUUUUGACUGGUGCGACGGGGUACCUCGGCGCGUUUGUGUUGCGGGACUUGUUGAGGAGGACGGAGCGUGUGGCGAAAGUCAUUUGUCUUGUUCGUGCCUCUGAUACCAGCCAGGCGCUCGCGAGGCUGAAGGAAGGGUCAAGUGAUCGUGGUGUUUGGGACGAUGCGUGGGUGACCGAUGGGAGACUUGAGGUCGUCACUGGAGACCUCGGGAGAGACCUCUUUGGCAUGGACCGGGAUACCUGGGAUAGGGUGGCGUCAGAGGCGGAUGUCGUUUUGCACAAUGGUGCUUUGGUGCACUGGGUAUAUCCCUAUGAGCGUCUGCGGGGACCUAAUGUCCUCGGCACUCUCACAGCCGUUGAGCUUGCUUCUACUGGCAAGCAGAAGUCACUGGUGUUUGUGUCGUCAACAUCGGCGGUUGACACGGAGCACUAUGUGAGCUUGUCUGACAGGCUUGUCAACGACACGCGGAACAACUACCGCGGAAUCCCUGAAAAUGACGAUCUCGAGGGUGCACGGACGGCACUCAAGUCAGGGUACGGUCAGAGCAAGUGGGUAUCGGAGAAGCUGCUGUUCGAAGCAGGUCGUCGCGGUCUGAGGGGCCAUAUCGUGCGACCGGGUUAUGUUGUCGGUGAUUCGCAGACUGCUGUCACGAACACGGACGACUUCAUCUGGCGCAUGGUGAAGGGCUGCGUUCAGCUCGGCCUGGUGCCCAACAUCAACAACGGCGUCAACAUGGUCCCCGUCGACCACGUUGCCCUCAUUACCGCGCAAGCGGCCGUCGCACCCGUACCCGGCGCCACCCAGUCCGUGCUGCACGUCACCGCGCGGCCCCUGCCGACGUUCAACGAGAUGCUGUCCUCGCUCGCGCAGUACGGGUACGCGACGGAGCAGUGCGAGUACCUCGUCUGGCGGCGCCGGCUCGAGCGGCACGUCAUGGAGGUGCAGGACAACGCGCUGUUCCCGCUGCUGCACUUUGUGCUCGACGACCUGCCCACGAGCACCAAGGCGCCCGAGCUCGACGACGCGAACACGGAGCGCCUGCUCGGGGGUGUGGCGGAGGACGUGAACAUGACCAUCUCGGACGCGCUCAUGGGCAAGUACCUCGCGUGGCUCGUCGCUGCUGGCUUUUUGCCCGCGCCGACGGCGGAGAACCCCGAGAAGACGCUGCCCCCGCUCGAGAACGCGGCUGCUGCGAAGGCUGCGGGACGAAGUGGGGUGUAAAAAACAAAAGUAGCCGGGAGUGCUACAUCCAAAAUUCUUGCUUUAUGCUGUGUUGCCUUGCUGUGAUUCUUUUGUAUCAUUUUCAUGAUAGAUGCACUGUAUAGAAGUAGCUUUGAAUUCAGAUCAGCCGAACGCUGGCAAUGUUGUACCAUCACCUUAGUGCAUUACUUAGUAUGAGAAUGAGGCUAACGACUAUCCUCAUACGUAAAGGACAAUAUUUCCCCGAUCUGACAUUAGGGCCUCCUACAUGUGUAGCAAGCGCGUAGAUCGAUUUUAUGGGCACAGCCUAAGUUACCC